AUGGGUGACAAAAAAAAUAUCAUGAAUAAUACAGAAUUAACCAAGGACGAAAUUGAAUUGUAUGAUAGACAAAUUAGACUUUGGGGUAUUUCUGCCCAACAAAGAAUGAGAUCAUCCAAAGUACUGCUAUUUAAUUUAGGUGGUUUAGGAACAGAAAUCACUAAAAAUUUAGUAUUAAGCGGCAUAGGUCAUUUGACAAUUGUAGAUGAUCACGAUAUUGUAGACGAAGAUUUAGACACCCAAUUCUUUCUUUCUUUAGAAGAUUUAGCUAUAGGGGGCAAAAGAGUUGACAAAGCUAAACAUAGAAUUCAAGAUAUGAAUCCAAGGGUUAAAAUUGAUGUCAAAUAUAACUUGUUAGAGAAUUUAGAAAAAGAAUUAUCUCAGUAUGAUUUAGUAAUACUCACAGAAGUUAAUGACAAGUUAGAUAUUAUACAAAUAAAUGAAAUUACCCAUAGUUUAAAUAUUCCGUUAUAUGUAUGUGGUUGUCAUGGUUUGUAUGGUUAUAUUUUUGUUGAUUUGAUCAAAUUUGAUUCUAAAGACGAAAAAUUGAAAAACGGAAAUUUUUCUACUAAAUUGGGGAAACUUUCAAAUAAUAGAGAGGUCAUUGAAGUUACAGAUAAAAUUGAUGAUCUAGAUCCAACAAAAAUAUUUGAAAAGAUUGUUACACGAAAUUACUAUAAAACUUUUCAGCAAGUUUUACAAACCGCUCGGGUAAGUGACAUUUCAUUUACUAAAAAACAAAUGAAACGUUUAACACCAGCUGCUCCUGUUAUUUUUGCAUCAUUGUUUGAUGAUAGGUCUCAAAAAGAUUUCCUAAGUAUGGCGAAUAUUUGUAAAAUUAUAAAAAAAUUGAAUCUUCCACAAGAAUAUACCGUUUCUAAAGAAUUUUUGGACAAUUUUAAAAAUAACCAAUUGAAUUUGGAGUUUUCGCCUGUUUGCGCCGUGAUAGGUGGUGCUGUGGCUCAAGAUGUUAUCAACAUUCUAGGGAAACGUGAAUCUCCAUUGAAUAAUUUUAUUAUAUUUGACGGUACAACUUUGGAAAUGCCAAUUUUUGAGUUUUAA